AUGGCAGCCGGAGAGGAGAAACGGCACCUCCUGAGCGAGGGCGCAGCCGGGUCCUACGUGGGGGCUGAGCAAAGGGACGGGCACAGCUCGGUGCAGGGGCAGGCGCCCGCCCUGGAGCUGGGGACACGGCAUGGCCAGCACUGCCACACCCGAGGGCCCGACGGCCACCCCGGGCAGCAGCGGCGGGCGCGCAGGAAGCUCUACCUGGCCGCUGGCAUCUGCCUUGUCUUCAUGGUGGGGGAAGCCGUGGGGGGGUACCUGGCACACAGCCUGGCCAUCCUGACGGACGCAGCCCACCUCCUGACAGACUUUGCCAGCAUCAUGAUCAGCCUCUCUGCACUCUGGGUGUCCUCACGCCCACCCACAAAAACCAUGAACUUCGGCUGGCACCGGGCAGAGAUCCUGGGGGCCCUGCUCUCUGUGCUCUCCAUCUGGGUGGUCACGGGGGUCCUGGUCUACCUGGCAGCCCAGCGCCUGCUCUCAGGUGACUACGACAUCGAGGGUGGGGUCAUGCUCAUCACCUCUGCCUGUGCCGUGGCCGUCAACAUCGUGAUGGGGAUGGCUCUGCACCAGACAGGGCACGGGCACAGCCACGGGGCAGCCGGAGAGCAGCCCAGCGCCAGCGUCCGCGCCGCCUUCGUCCACGUCGUGGGGGACCUGCUGCAGAGUGUUGGUGUCCUCAUCGCGUCCUACAUCAUCUUCUUCAAGCCCGAUUACAAGUUCGUGGAUCCCGUCUGCACCUUCCUCUUCUCCGCGCUGGUGCUGGGGACGACGCUGACCAUCCUGCGUGACGUCCUCCUCGUCCUCAUGGAAGGGACCCCCAAAGGGAUGGAUUUCAACGCGGUGCGGGAGGCGCUGCUGGCGGUGCGGGGGGUGGAGGCCGUGCACAGCCUCCACAUCUGGGCGCUGACGGCAGCACAGCCCCUGCUCUCGGUGCACAUCGCCAUCAACGCCGCUGCCAGCGCGCAGGAAGUGCUGGAGGAGGCCAGCUCCCAGCUGCAGGGCACCUUCCACUUCCACACCACCACCAUCCAGGUGGAGAGCUACUCCGAGGAGAUGAGGGACUGCCGGGAAUGCCAGCCCCCCCGCGACUGA